UAUUACAGGCAGCAGAAGAAAAAUAAAUAGCAAUGAAAAGAAAUGAAAUAAAUGUCUAUAAUUUAACAUCGAAGCAAAUUUUGAUUCAUACUGACAGACAGAAAAUCUCCCUUAGUGUUUGUUAAUUCCCAUCAGUUCAACCCUGCAUCGCUGUUACUUUUAGAUUUAGAAGCUUGACGAACGCCGUAAAAGCUUCUCGGGUAAGUACAACCCUGCAUUGAAGAUCAGAAAAAGAGGAAAAGCUUAGCGAGGGUUUUGACGAAAGAAUGAAAGCUUCGUGAGCAAGCGGGAAUGAGCUAGCUCUGUGGCGGUGAACGAGUCAUUCACUCGGAUAAGUUUCGACAGUACAGUCGCGCGUGUGAGAAAUUAAAAAAAAAAAUGGACGCUCGUCGCUCGGAAGCGGAAGGGAAUCCGAAUUCCCAGGACGACUGUCGUGAGGAUUACGACAAUGACGCAGUCGGUAAAUUUGUCAGAAUUGUUCCGAAGAAACGCAAGUCGAAAGAGGUUCCGGUGCCAAGUCCGGCAUGCAAGAUCCCGAGAACUAAAGGCAAGCAUACGAAGUCUAACAAAUGUACGGUGGCAGGUUCCGCAGCUGAGAUUUCCAAAAUCGAAGCCAAGUUAGCGGCCGUCGUUCGAGAUCUGGAGAUUGAGAGGAGUCGCAGCUCAGCAUUGGCCGAGCAAUUGAAACAAGUUCAAGAAGGAAAUUGCAGCUCGAAAGACAGCGUCGACAGCAUGGCAACAGGUUCAGCGGCCGGGCAAAACUUCUACGCGGGAGCCGGCCCAUCCAGCACUCGACGAGCGGAGCAGCUGUCUGCGUUGGAAGGCACUCGAUUUGUUUCAUCAAUCAACCAGUUAUCAGUAUCAUCUGUCAAUAUACCGGAAUGCAAAGCGCCCGAAGGGGAGGAAUUACAAAGGCACAGCUUCGAAAUGUGGAAGGAAAUGCUGCAGGACUCGAUGUCACUGGCAGGCGUCCAAGACGAAAAGAUCAAGUAUACGGUGUUCAAACUAAAAGCUGGACCCAAACUGCUUGAUAUAUUCCGCAACACCAAAUCCGAUCAAGGAGCACCUAAUGCUGAAGAACUCCCGUACUCAAAUGCAAUGCACAGACUGAAGGCCUAUUUUGGUUCAGGAUCGGACGUCAUGUUGCAGCGCAGAAAAUUGGCCUUGAUGACACAGUUGGAAGGAGAAACCGACUUGAAUUUCAUUAGCCGAGUUGGAACAACUGCCCGACUCUGUGACUUUGGCGAAGAAAAGGAGUUCGAUGAGAUUGUGGCUACCGUAGCAGGGCAUGCUAGAAGCAAGGAGGUACGAGUUACGGCCCUUCAGAUGCUGAACAGCGGCGGCACACUCACCGAUCUUAUCGAUAAGAUUCGCCAUAUCGAAGCGGUUCGAAUCAACGAAGAAUAUUACGAACAAAAGCAUGGAAAGCAGGAGCCCGUCGUUAUUGCACAGGUGGGUGCCACCUACCUUGGAAACAGCGGAUCUCGAAGACCCUUCAACAGACGCGGACCGCAAGAACGUAGGAUUCAAGCAGCAGGAUCAAAGAGGAGCCCAUUCCGUCCGGGUCAACGUCGUUCUGACAAGCAAUCGACUACGGGAAGCGAAACUGGUCGUUACAAUCGUUCCAUGGCUCCGAACCUGUCUUCUGGCCAACGGUGCUGGCGGUGCUCCAGUUUUUAUCACGCGCCGUCCGAAUGUCCAGCAAAAGAUAAGGUGUGCAGGAACUGCGGUCGAGUUGGCCACUUUCAAAGGGUGUGCCAGUCCAUUCCAGCCGUUCCAUCAACGUCAACACAACCAUCAGUGUCAACGGAACAACCGCGUAUUUCGGCCGUGGCGAAAAGUGAUGGCGAUGAGCAAUCAGCGAAUGACUGGGAGCCUAGGCAGGAACACGUUGAGCCUCGUGUUGACCAAACCCUCUCCAUCAAUGUAUCCGCCAGCGAGACCAAAGAAGAAAUCGGCAAGGAUAACUUCGCACUGAAAACUGAUUUCCGCGUAGCACUUCAGGGAAUGCUAGUAAGCGAUACAUGCUGUCAGGUAGAUCCUUUUCUGCUAGCAACGGUCGGUAAGGUAAAUGAAGGGAUCAUUCGGUGUGAAGUAGCGGGUAUGAAAUGUGAUUUUUUGAUCGACUCGGGAGCACAAAUCAAUACGUUUACGGAGGAUCUUUUCAAAGCGUUGAUGGCCGAUGAAGACUGCAGAGAGAAUGUUUACAACAUUCAAGAAGGGUCUGAUUGCUUGGUUCGUGCAUAUGCAUCUUCUGGAAACAUCACGAUUAUUGCGAAUUUCGAAGCAUAUUUGUACAUCAGCAAUGACAGGCCCGUUCACAUCGAAAAAUUCUACGUGGUUCGAGAGCUGCGGUCUCUGUUGAGUCGAGCUACGGCAAACCGGUAUUGCGUCCUAAUGCUGGGCCUGGAGGUACCUGUGAAACCAGAUGUCCAAUUCGAACGUAUGGCAGCCAGUAUCGAUGUUGAGCGAGACCUGCGUGUUGCUUCUGUGACUUUCGAUGGAGUGUUCCCGAAGUUCAACGUUCCACCUGUCAGGAUUUCGUACAACAAGAAUGAGGUUCCCUGUAGAAACAUUUUCAUGAAUAUUCCUCACGCUGUGAAGCCAAUGGUUGAACAAAGGUUACAGCAGUUGGUCGAAGCCGAGAUAAUUGAGAGAGUGUCCGAGGAUAUGGAUACAUCUUUCUGUUCCUCCAUGCUCGUUGUACCCAAAGGAAAAAACGACAUCCGGUUGGUGAUAGAUUUGAGAGGACCAAAUCGCUAUAUCGACAGAACGCCGUUUCCGAUGCCGACGCUAGAGAAGAUCUUGGUGGAACUUGAUGGAGCUACAUGGUUUUCCACAAUUGACUUGUCCAACGCUUUCUUCCAUAUCGAACUGGAUAAAGAUUCCCGUCACCUGACGAACUUUUUUACGGAGUUCGGUAUGUACAGAUUUGUCCGAUUGCCAUUUGGGCUUUGCAACGCUCCAGAUAUUUUUCAAGAAACCUUGCAAAGGCAAAUUCUUGGAGGUUGCCUAGGGGUGAAGAACUAUCUGGAUGACGUCUUAGUCUUCGGAAAGACAAAAGAAGAGCAUGACGCCAAUCUGGAAGUUGUCUUAUCUCGCCUGCGUGAGCAUAACGUUUAGCUCAAUGAAUCUAAGUGUGUUUUUGGUAGUAACUGCGUAAAAU